AGAAGAAGGCCUAACCAACCAGUGUGAACAUAUAUCCCUCCCUCUGUCUGUCUCUCUCUCUCUGCCAUCUUGCAGGUAACCAGGGUCCUGUGGCUGAGAAAGUGGCCAAACCCUCCACAAACCCUCCCACAGUGGGAUGUUUUCUCUGCUGCACUCUGGGCUGGUUUCUAUUCAAAUGUGGGUCAGGGGUGAGGAAGCCUAACGUCAUAAGCUUGCAACAUGGCGUCCUGAAAUGCUGUGAGAUGAGCAAGAGGAUGGUAAAGAACGCUUGAGAACGAUCCUACCGAUGUAAUAAGCUUCAGGUGGUGCUCGUGUAGGAAGAGAGAGAGAGAGAGAGAGAGAGAGAGAGAGCGAGAGAGAAAGAAGGAAGGUGGAAAUGGAACUGCCAAAUCAUGCCAAACAACUGCUGCUGCAACUCAACCAGCAGAGAGCCAAGGGCUUCCUGUGUGAUGUCAUCAUCGUGGUGGAGAAUGCACUCUUCCGCGCCCACAAGAACAUCCUGGCGGCGAGCAGCAUCUACUUCAAAUCUUUGGUCCUCCACGAUAACCUCAUUAACCUCGACACAGAGAUGGUCAACCCCUCUGUAUUCAGACAAGUUCUGGACUUCAUCUACACCGGGAAGCUCCUGUCCUCGUCGGAACAGAGCAGCGAGCAGAACUUCAGUGCCCUCUUAACCGCAGCCAGCUACCUCCAGCUCCACGACCUCGCUGCUCUGUGCAGAAAGAAGCUCAAGCGCAGUGGUGGGAAACCCCUGCCAGGAAAACCCUCCACUCCAGGUCCCCUCAGCCGCUUACGCCUCAACAACCAGCGCCUUUCCACUUCCACCCCUGCUGGCCCCAAAAACCACUAUCCUCCGACCCCCUCCGACGCCGACCAGCCACAGCCAGAUGAAGGCCUUCGGGACAAGCUCUCAGACGAUGAAAUGUUUGUCGGUAGCUCUGGGAGGAACGGCAACGGGGGGAACGGCAGCAGUAACGGUAACCUCAGCAGCGGAGGAAGUGCUGGGGAGCCAGACCUUGGACUAGACCUGUCCAAGAAGAGCCCUCCCUCUGCGGGCACAGCCAUGGAUGCCCUCAGCCCACACAGCAACUCCCAAGAGUCCCCUCAAUCUGCCUCAGUAUCCACAACCAACAGUGCCUCACUGGAUGACUCCUCUACCACCCUACCAGGUGGAGACACCGGCUCAGAGACCCCGGAUCUCAACUCCUCCUCUAAAGCGUCAGAGGAAACCCAAAACCCGCCCGAUGGCCCCCCACCACAGAAGAAAUCCCGGCAGGGUGCUCGCAAGAACGAGUGGCCCAAGAGAGAGGCGUCAGGGUUGAAGUCUGAAGAUCACGACAGACCCCUGGUUAACGGGGUGAUCGUGGGUCCUAAAGACGGCCGCUCCUCUGACCAGUCCUUCCAGUGUAAAGAGGAGGAAGAAGGCGGAGAGAACGGCCAGGAGCACACCGAUGAGAGCGGGCAAAGUGACGGAGAGAGUGCAGGAGGCGGAGGAGGAGGAACAGGAGGGGGACACAGCGCCAACUACGUGUACCGGCAGGAAGGUUUCGAGCCAGCAUUCGGAGACAACCUCUACGUGUGCAUUCCCUGUGGUAAGGGCUUCCCCAGCUCUGAGCAGCUCAACGCUCACGUGGAGACGCACAAUGAGGACGAGCUCUACAUCAAAGAGGAGGGAGGGACCUUCGUGAAAGAGGAAGACGAGGAGGAGGCAGAGGACCUCUCCGCCCCUGUGGGUCCUUCCAACUUUGGCUCCGAGGCGCGUCCGUUCAAGUGUACGGUCUGCAGUAAGAGCUACAAAGACCCGGCGACGCUGAGGCAACACGAAAAGAGCCAUUGGCUGACCAGGCCGUUCCCCUGCAACAUUUGCGGCAAGAUGUUCACCCAGAGGGGCACCAUGACGCGCCACAUGCGCAGCCACCUGGGCCUCAAGCCGUUCGCGUGCGAAGAGUGCGGCAUGCGCUUCACGCGCCAGUACCGUCUGACAGAGCACAUGCGCGUCCACUCCGGGGAGAAGCCGUACGAAUGCCAGCUAUGCGGGGGGAAGUUUACCCAGCAGCGCAACCUCAUCAGUCACCUGAGAAUGCACACCUCGCCCUCUUAGAAACGCAUCAAGCCAAAGAACUCUGGGAAUAGAAAACAAAAAAAAUACCUUUUUUCCAUCUCAACAGCAAAGAAACGCACAUCCACACGCUCACAGUUCUUCAUAUGAAUUCCAGUUUACGACGACGCCCCGGGCCGCGGUGGGCUCUUGGUGACGCUGGGAACUUGUUGAUGCAAGGAUCGUGUCAUCAUUUAUAUCAAAAGACGUCUGCUCACCUCUCAGGAGUUCUAGAGGGACUCCUGUCUCUCUCCAAAGUCACAAAGCCAUGGUGGAGUGGCACGACUUCUGUCAAAUGUGAAUGUGGCUACCGAUGUAAAGUCGAGCCCCCUCACCUCAUCCCCCCCUCAGCAGCCUUUCUCUCUUCUACCUUUUGAGUCUUUCAGAUUGUUCCUCAAACUGACUCAAACUCCAGAGUCCCCUCUGUACUCCAGUGCUAUUUUGACCAAAAACCCGUGCAAACAAUACUGGCAAUAAUUCAGCAAAAAGAUGAUUUUUAACCCUGACAGCUUUAUAUCCUUUGUUGUGUUGGUGAUGGGGAUCUGUAUGUAAGAGGAGGGGUAACUGGGUUUGGGACCAUCUCCAUGCUUUAAACUGAAAGUCCUGAAAGAAACGGUGGGAUGACAUUGGAUUAGUUUUACAGACCACAAAGUCCUCUCUACAGCUGGUCACAGUAGCAUAGGGAGGAUUUUCAUUGUUUUCGGUUUUUGCCUGCACCCAGGAAUGUAUCCUGGUUGGAAAGAUGAGGUACUUGAUUUACUUAAAGAACUUGUAAUGUUUCAGUGAAUGUUUAAACUGGAAAGUCUUUGGGAUUUUUCUUGUGGAGGGGAGGGAUUUGGGUUGGGGCGGGGCGGGUAGUUUAAGGAGAGGGUGUUUUAGACUGAACAUGUUCAGUGGGUACGUUUAUUUUUUUGUCUGUAUAGCUUUCCUCCCCUCAGAAAAAAAAAGAAAAGUCUAUUUAUAUAUAGGCUUGUGACCUCGCUACCUCUGAUUACUCUUACUAUGUUGAUUAGUUCCUAUGUAAUUAAUUGUAAAAAGUGUGUAGAUUAUGGUAACGUUUCACCUGAUGCUUUAACCUGCCCAUCUCUCAACACAGGUUUUUAAUGCUCAUAGAUUUUACACAUUAAUAUUGUUUUUAGCUGUUGUUUUUACUUGUCAAAUAUAGCUUUUUUUUCGGGCGCCCUGCUCAGCGUGGCGCCGCCUCAAAGUGUACUGUAGCUUCCCGCCUGGAGCAAAUAGUGGUUAGUUUAGAUGUAUAGUGUUCCAAAGAUCUUAUGAAUGUUGAGGAGAACAGAGCUAACUAACAUUGCUAGACAAGUUCAUAACCAAAGUUUUUAAAAAAAAAGAUGUACUUAAGAUAUAUAGCAUACUAAAUUAUUUCACGUUUUAAUUUCUUUUUUUGCUGUAUAAAACAAAUUAUGAAUUAUAUUCUAAGUCCCAGACAAAGAAAUCCACUCUUGAUGGAGUUUUGGCCAAUGACUCUGAGACUGAGGAAGGUUCUUGUGGUUUUUUGCAAGGAAAAGCUUGUGCUGAUUGGUGGGCCGGUAUAAUUUAAACUUUACCACCUGACGACAAAAAUGGUAAAGUUUUUUUAAAAAGAAAAAAACGUGUUCCCCCCCCCGAACAUGUUUUUGGUUUCUUUUCUUUUUUUGUUUGUAUCCAGAGUCCUUAUCACUUUAUAUUCCCUGACUUUAAAAACAGGACUUGAUGACAUUGUAUGUGUUCUGUUCAGACCAAAAAAAGAAAAAGAAAAAAAAGAUAGGAAUUAUAAUCAGAAUUUUUAAUGUGAAGUUCAAGUUGCUUGUUAGUUUAUUUUUUUGAGCCAGACUUGUGAAAGCUUGUAAUAAGAAGGGAGAAGCAGAGAUGCACUGGACAGCCGGACAAACUCAUCGGUCUCCUUUUUUGUUUCUGAUUGUAUUCCAUUAUAUCACAUUUUAAAUUAUUUUAAACCUCCAAAGCUUUACCUCAUCGUAAGCAACCAUAAGAUGGGAAUGCCCCCUCUGUUGUCUGUCCAGUGUAUCUUCCUCUCAGCAUUUACACUGUGGAGCAUGAACCUUCACUACAAGUUUUUGGUAUAGGCAUUCCUCUAUUAUGUUCUGUCUUCUUGAUUUUUGUUUUUUUAAUUUUUAUUCCUCUUUCGUCCUCAUGUUAUGGUCUGUGAAAUGUUUGUUCUCAUAGGGAUGCAGCUACAGUUACACAAACAUCACUACUGUUUUAAGGUACCUGCGUCCUGGACUCCCAGAGUUGUUACUUGGUUAUGUUGGAUGUUGGUGUCUUUUGCUGUUUUAAGCAGUUGCUGUUUAGUGAUUGCAUGGUACAUCUAUGAAUUUUUCACACUCCCCCCCCCAACCCAAACCACAAACAUGUUAUUUAUCGCCUGAUCCACUGUUGCUUGUGACCUCUCCCAGCUUAAGAGGGAGUCCACAAUGCAUUGCCUUCAAACGUUAUUGUACUUGUCAGCACUUACUGCAGUACAGCGUAAUGUCUGUCAUGCAAAACGGUGUUUUUGUACAUCAAGAUCUCUAGCCAUCUCUGCAAAAAGACUUUGCAUUUGAAUGCUUGCUUGUUUGACAUAACGAAGAAAAAAAAACUACGAACUCCAAACUGUGACCAUACUACUACUAUUACUACUACUACUACUACUACUAGUACUACUACUAUUCAAAUACUUCAGGGAUUGUUCCGCAUCUGUGAAUGCAGACUCUCAGCUACAUUUGUAAGACAUAGUAUUGUAUCGAUUUCUCUGUAUUUUAAUCAUGGGAAAAGCAAAACACUAGUUUCAUAUUUAAGACAAAACAGGGGGGUACUACUUUUUUCAACUAACACAAAGAGCCUUGACAAAGGCGAGGCAGCUCGAAACAAGUCUACAUUUUUAGUUAGCGACACAGUAUGUUCAGAAAUAGUUGCAAAGUUGUACAAAGAACUUAAGAAGAAGAAGAAGAAGAAAAAAGAAAAAGCUCAUACCCAAAAUCCACAAACUAUUUUUUAAACCAAAGCACAUUUGAAUGAUUAUGGAACCAUGUGUGGCUCUAAAAAGAAACAUAUGUAUUUAUCUCAUUGUUUACAUAAACUUUUACAGUUUUACAGACCUCAGUCGAGGCUCGGCCGGUCAGAGAGGUGAUUUUUUUUAUUUCUAUUUUUAUUAUUUUAAAAAGAUGCUUUUCCACAGAGGUUGCUGCCAAAACAAAAGCAUAGCGUCAAACAUGGGGUGAACUGCUGCAUAUUCAAUGAAGGGGAGGGGUGUGUGGUUUAGGGGAACCUGGGGAACCCCCCCGCCCUCCUCUCUGCCAGCUGGCUUUGGGGUGACCCUGCGCCCCGGUCCCCCCUGCCCUCUGGCCUGUCUUCAGAUGGGAGCGCGGAGAUUGGGGGGUGGGCAGUGCGUCCUUGACGUAUUAAUCAAAAGGCAUUGUUAGUCAGGGUCUUUAGCUCAGUUUUCUCUGUUUACCCAAAAUGCACUUGAGCAUUACCUCCGCUGCUUGGGUCUCUUAUCGUGUGUAGGAGCGGGCUGUGGGUUAGUUUUAGUGACCUCUCUUCUCAUGCUGGCGGUUCUUGAAACCUAUCUGGAGAAUGUAGCUUUGAUUUGUUCACUGCAUGUAAACAGGCUUAACUGGUAGUCUUAACUGUGAAUGUUUUUCUGCUUUUUAUGAUAUUUUUUUUUUCGUUCGCUGCCUGUGUUCUGUGGGUAUAAAGCAGCACAAACCUCUGUCCGGCCGGGCCUCCUACAAAGUUGGUGCAAACACUUAUUGACAGUGUUCUUUUUUUAUCAAAUGUCUAUUGUCAGUGAUGAAUGUAUUUAUUUCUGGUCCUGCCCUCACCUCUGCAAAGAAUUUGCUCAGUGUGUGAGACUGAGGUGGAGGCAGGACCCCCUUUUUUUUUUUUUUGUUGUUUUGAGGAUUUCAAGCUGAGAAUCAAAAACGAGACACAAAACAUAGCCAUUAACCACAAUCUGUGAACUUUUUUUUUUUUGUGGGAGAUUUUAUUUUUUUCCAACUCAAAGAAAAAAAAAUGGCAUUUAAUAUCUUCUUUCUCAGUUACACCUGACAGUCUGUAAGGGGUUUUGAUUUCAUGUGACUCACGAUGGGUGUAUUUUUGUGCCCGUGUGUUCUGGUGUUCUCGCUGAAUGACCGCACACUAUGGGGAGUUGAACUUUAACCCCUUGUUGUGUGGUGUCUGUGGACACAGGCGGGAUGCUGUGACCUGCCUGUGCAGAACGGAGGCUACUGUAUCUUCUCAAGCUCGCUCUCCCUGGGUGUUGCCAUGCUGCUGCCAUUUAAAAAAUAAAUACAUAACACUCACACAGCAGAAACAUGCACAUAACCGACACUUCUCUCCGCUGAACGGUACGGCGUUCUCGUGACCAUUGUUACAUUUCUUGUCUUAAAAACCACUUCUUCUUUCUCUUCUACGUGACGUACAUGUUUUUAGUGUCUAUUAGUUGGGAGGAUUUUUAGAAAACGUUGGGUGAGAUAGCUUUACUAAGUGCACUUUGUAUGUUUUUCAAAGCCUCUGGGAAGGCCCGGGCGCUCUCAUAUCAGUUCCCCAUUUAACUUGACGGUUUACUCCUCGUCUUUCUCUUCUUACCUCAUCAUUGUUCCUGUGUGUUUGUUGAAGUAUCAUAUCAUUAUGCAGUGUUACAAAAGCUUUAAAAAGUGAAUAUACAAAGCAGGAAAUGCGACCGAGGGACCGUACUCGGCUCUGAGCAUUCAAAGUUUCCAUCUCAUGUCUUAGUAUUAUUGUUGUUCCACCUUACCGCCAUCCUCUCCGGGCGUUUUGUAUUGUAGAGGGGCUGGUCUGUCCAGUUAUCAUGGAGAUGCUCCUUCUUACCUCGGCAGACUAAAACCAAAGCCAGUUUUAAAAUGGCCUCCAGUGCCAUUUGAAGCAUUUCUAAGCUUUAUUGUCCCUUGCUUUAUCUCCGAUACACCUGAUCCCCCCUCCGCCCCUCCGCUUUAGCCCCUUGACCCGCCGUAAUCUCCGUUACUGCGCAGGCGUCUUUAUCCUCUGCCGCAUUUUACAUUUCACAUCAGUAUUUACUGUACCUCCAGCGGCGUCGUGCAGUAGUGACUGAAAAACACCAAAUUACCUCAAAAUUUUCAGUGUUUACAGAAAUGUGCUAUCUUGCCAUUACAUCUCAGCAUUUUUUUUUUUUUUUUGCCGUCCAUCUGUAACCAAAAUAUCCUUCUUUUUUUUUUUUUUUUAAAUGGAGUUUGUAGCAGCAUAUUUUAUCUGUUUUUGAAUUUACAAAAGGCACGGUGUCACUUUGACGUGCACUACAUGAACGGAUGAUUAGCUGCUAAAAAAAGAAAGGAGUACUUGAAAGAGUUGAUUAGUGGAGCUGCCCAUGAAGUGGGUGUGUCAAGCUUCCUCUCUGGUCUGUUUUCUUCAGGAACAUCCUCUCAAUAAUGUAUCAGGAUCCGUAGGCUGAGAGGCUCUGGAAUGGACAUGUAGGGUCUUUGCUGAUGAAUAAUUAAAAGGCCGAGAAGCUCUCCCCCCCCACCCCGUUGGCAAACACACUUCACAUGCAAAGGUGCACGCACACCCAGGUGCACUCUCGCUGGCAUGCAUGCGCGUACACCUCCACUCAUGCAAACACAGAUGCCACCGUCUAGACUUCAAAACACAACCUAACAUGCACACAUCAGUAUUUAAGGUGAGAUUCUGUGACCCCCUUUUUGUGGCUUUUGGCAGCACCCAGACUGGGCUCCCCUCUCUUUCUCUCUCUCUUUCUCUCUCUCUCUCUUUAUCUCCACUCCUCAGAGAGCUCGUAUUCAGGUCAGAGCCGCCGCCGUGCAUAGCGAUGGGGCUCGCAAACUCAAAGUGUCAUAAAAGUGUAAUACAGCUGACCUCAGCACUCACAACCUUGCAGUCUUAAUGUACAGCAGUGAGGAAAAAUAAACUGUUAUUUUAUGAUCUUUUCAUUAAAAGCUUGAUUGAAAACCAA